UCCGUUGUCCGCACCCGUCCACGCUCGCUCCCGGCUGCUGCCAUACUGGCACUCAUCUCCCAUCUGCUGGACUGGUUCCGCUCACUGUUUUGAAAGGAGGAGAUGGAACUGACCCUUGUGGGGCUGCAGUAUUCUGGCAAGACCACCUUCGUCAAUGUCAUAGCGUCAGAUUAAUUCAGUGAAGAUAUGAUAACCACGGUGGGCUUCAACAUGAGGGAAGUAACUAAAGGUAAUGUCACAAUAAGGAUCUGGGACAUAGGAGGACAACCCCGGUUCCGGAGCAUGUGGGAGCGGUAUUGCAGAGGAGUCAAUGCUAUUGUUUAUAUGAUAGAUGCUGCAGAUCAUGAAAAGAUAGAUGUCUCUCGAAAAGAGCUCCAUAAGCUUCUAGAUAAACCACUGUUACAAGGAAUUCCAGUACUAGUACUUGGAAACAAGAGAGAUCUUCCAAAUGCCUUGAAUGAGAAACAGCUAAUUGAAAAAAUGCACCUGUCUGCUAUUCAGGAUAGAGAAAUUUGCUGCUAUUCAAUUUCUUGCAAAAAAAAGGAUAAUAUAGAUAUCACACUUCAGUGGCUUAUUAAACACUCAAAAUCCUGAAGAAGCUGA